AUGGUGGACGUCAUUCCCAAGAGCGACGUCCGGGUCGACUUGGGUGAAGCGUUGCAUCUGGCCAUCAAGGAUGACCGGAAGUCGGAUCUGGAUCGCUUGCUGGAGAAGGGGGCGGAUCCAUCGUAUCGUGGCAAGCGCGGCCAGACCGCCUUGCACGAAGCCGCAUGGUACGGGAGGGCCUACUGCAUCAAGGAGUUGCUUCGGGUCAUGCCGGAGGUGAUGGCUGAGAAGGAUCGUGCAGGUCAGACAGCCAUCCACUGCGCUGCUGCGGAAGGACAUCACGCCUCCCUUGAGGAAUUGCUGGGAAUGCGGCAGACGCCAAGAGAGGUCCUACUGGAGCUCCUGAGCGCCAAGAGCUACAAGAUCGGCUGGACGGCCCUGCACUAUGCAGCUCACAAUGGCCAUGCCGAGUGCUGCCGCCUACUGAUGUCGGCUGCAAGCCAAGCGCCAGAGUUCAUCGGCGCCGUGACGAACACUGGGCGAACGGCCUUGCACUUGGCCAGCGUCAACGGCCACCGAAAGUGUUUGAAUAUCUUGCUUCGAACGCACAUGGCCAAAAAGCUCAUGACGACGCAAAGUAUGGAUGGUCACACGGCUAUGCACUUGGCUGCGCGCUUUGGACAAGAGAACUGCGUGAAGACGUUGGCCAAGAAACUGCCAGACUUAGUCAAGGUGAAGAACUUCUCGGGGCAUCCCUCGUUGCACGAAGCGGCACGGCGCGGCAACAACAAGUGCGUGGAGACGCUCAUGGCACUUGGGGGCGGCAACGAGCUCUCCAAGAGCACCAAGUACUAUGCAGAGACGCGUGGGCACAGCAGCUUGGCACCGGCAACGCAAAUCUAUGCGGAUAUUGAGGUAAACCAACUUGAUGCGGAUAGUUUGUGA